AUGGCAAAUUCAAAGGACCUUGAAUCACCGUUCAAACCCCAGCGCGAGAAACACGCCCUCAUCUACUGCAAGAAAUUCAAAGCGAUCAACGACAUAAGAUUGGUUAGCAAUCAUGAUAAGGGUAUCCUGUUGGCAGUACUCGCAUUCACUGCAAACGAAAAAUUAUUCAAAAUGUUUGACAGAUUAAGCGUCUCUCAUCUCAAAGAACUAGCUCAUCUAUCCGAGAUUGCUUUAAAAAAUUUAAGGAAUUUUGAUGGACGGCCGGUGACGACUGUAGUGACUCCUCAGGUACUGACACCCACCGGGAGUCGUUCUCAAAGUCCUUUGCGAGGUGUUACAGGGAGAGAAUGGAGUAGACAUACGGGACUGCCAGAGAUUGAAGGAAAUACAGCGUUGGAUAUGAUGAAAAUAUCGAAACCUUGCGAUAAUCCGUUAGGUCUUGGUAUCCUUGCAUCUCUAGGUCUGAAAGAGACCUUUCCCGGAAUCCCUUCAAAGUCGUUCUCGAUAUCCGGCGCGACAAUGGAAGACGAUUGCAUCCUCAGACAACAGGAUUGUUGUCUAUUCUCCGGGUUGGGACUUGCUGGUGAGGAGCGGACUGCCCAUCUGUUCCCUCCUUCCUCUCUCGAUCCCACGAACGCUGCGACCAUCUUGACCUGGAGAUUUCUUCACAUCUUCCUUGGAACCGCCAAUACAAAAAUUCUAUCAGGUGAAAUCUGGUCCAAAGAAAACGGGAUCCAAACUACCAAAAAUGGAAUCAGCGUUUUCUCCAAUGAAUACGGCUACUUCAACAGAGGGGAAGUAGCCUUAAUCCCAGUCCGUCUCACACAUGCAGUACAGGGUAGUUAUGAUUAUCUCGACGUACAAGUAGGUCUCUAUUCAGCAGGUGAGACGGUUCAGCGCAUUAAGAGUUUCGACAAGCUUGCUGUUGAAGAACAGUAUAUCUUCCGGCGGGGAGAAGCUCCAGAACGUAUCUUUGAAGACCCUGGUCGUUAUAUUAAGGAUGGCGAUAUGAUCAGGAUAACAACUCCAGAUCCAGAACUCUUGCCUUUACCAUCAUACAUCCUUAUGUAUUGGCGCAGACAUCUCUGGAGUACCAUCACGUCCGCUGGGCUUAGCAACCCUCCUUACGAGAUUGCGGGAGAAGAUUCGAGGGACUGUUAUCUCCGAAAGCAUAUGAGUGCUCAGCCGCUCAGGAUUAAUAGUAGUGAUGGCCACCACGGCUAUGAGGAAGGUGGGCGGGACGGUUAUUUAGUAAAGUAUACCGACGAAGAUUUACAAAGGAUCAUUGAUCAAGAGGCUAGAUUCCUUGAUUUUCUCCACGAGAUAGCAGUACGAGAAGACGACUUUUGA